CACAAGAGAAAGAAGAGAAGGAUAGCUUCAGUGAAGGCAAACCAAGCGCUCAUCAGAAACCCUAGCAGCAGCCCCGCCGCCGUCGUCUCUCUCGCGCUGUGACCAGCCACCGCUCCGCGGAUCGAGUCGCCUGCCCCGCGCCGGGAAGGGAGAAGGGCGGUGAAGAAGGCCAGCGUCGCCAUGGCCGACGAAGAGCAGGUGGAGAGGAAGGAGGAGGCCUCCGAGCUUACUCCUUUUGAUCCGACCAAGAAAAAGAAGAAGAAGAAGGUUGUGAUCCAAGAUCCAUCUGAUGAGGUGGAUAAGUUGGCAGAGAAGACCGAGAGCUUGUCAGUUGCCGAGACUGGGGAGCCUAGUUUUGCUGGCAUGAAAAAGAAGAAGAAGAAGCAUGUGGAGCAUGAUACGUCUCUUACUGAAGCUGGAGAUGGUGAAGAUGCUAUAGAUGAUCAAAUUGGAGAGGAUGAAGAAGGAGAAGGGAUUGUGCUUGGUGGUGCAACUCGAUACCCUUGGGAAGGAACUGACAGAGAUUAUAAAUAUGAAGAGCUGCUUGGCAGAGUGUUCAAUAUCCUGCGUGAGAAUAAUCCUGAUCUUGCUGGUGAUAGACGCAGAACUGUUAUGAGGCCCCCUCAAGUGCUUAGGGAAGGCACAAAGAAGACAGUUUUUGUCAACUUCAUGGACUUGUGCAAAACCAUGCAUAGGCAACCUGAACAUGUGAUGAUGUUUUUACUUGCUGAGAUGGGAACAAGUGGAUCCCUUGAUGGCCAACAAAGAUUGGUUAUAAAAGGAAGAUUUGCUCCGAAAAACUUUGAGGCCAUACUUAGGAGAUAUAUCAAUGAGUAUGUCAUAUGCAAUGGGUGCAAAAGUCCUGAUACCAUCCUUUCGAAGGAGAAUAGGCUGUUCUUCCUCCGAUGUGAACAGUGUGGUUCAUCAAGGUCAGUUGCUCCUAUCAAGGCUGGAUUUGUUGCCCAAGUUGGUCGUCGGAAGGCUGGAACCUAAGUUAGCCACUGCUCAGAACCUCAGAUAUCCUCCCCCAGUCAUCGCUACCCCCAAAAAAACCUAAUUUGCCGAUUUACAACAAUUAUUGUCCAGUUUUCACUGUGCCUACACCGUUUUGUGUAUUUGUGACCGUCACUCUGCUUCCAACUCUUUUGUGAAUUUCGGUUUAUCUGAGACUAUGAGGAUCAAUGUUUGCGGCCAAA